CCAGGCCUGUGCUCUAUUCACUAAGCCAUGCUGCUUUUCAAUGGCACUUGGGGUCAACCCAGGCCAUUUCCCUCUUUCGUCUCCUGGAAUCCGGCCUGAUUCUCCCAGGGCAGUUUGUUGGUUAGGGUGGAGGCCACUGGGUGGUGGGAUGCUGUCCAAGUAUCACUGGUAAGUGAUGCUGAAGUGGCACAUUCUGAAUCUGUUGCUCUAUCUUGGUCUGGACUCAUUCUCAAUCUCGUCCCUGGAGCCUUCAUAAGGGAAUAAAUAGCCAUCUGAACCAGAGACGGGGGUUAGGAUCUGGUGCCGUCUUUAAUCCCUUCCAGCUCUACGAUUCUGUAAUACAUGAGUCAAGUGGCCGAACAACUAAAGAGGUCCAGUCUUGGACACUUAGAUCUUCCUCGAGUCCCAUCUGAUUCUGGAUGGGGAAACCUAAUCUACCCGGGAUGUGUUUGGAUGCUGAAGUAGAAGGAGAGAUUAACACUGUCUAUGACAUAAUAAAAGGUAGUAGAAUUCAAGUGGAAUUCCUGGGAGCAUAAGGAGGAUCUUAGCCUGACACUGUCUCCUCCCCUGAGAAGAUUUUCUGGCUAAUUGAGAAUCGGUCACUUGUUCAUCUACCCCACCAACUCAUCAAACUGUUCCCUGGUCUCUCGUUGUGAAGAAGUCAUGAUCCGGGGGAAUGAAACAGAAGCCUUGUGCUGGAUUGGAGUUCUUCAAUGAACCAAAGACCGCAACGGGGCUGGAGUUAAGAAACCGCUCAGAGUUUACUUUCAAAGGACCUAAAGAGAGAGAAAGGACUUGAGAAGAGAUCGGGCCCUAAAUUGGGUUAGAUUGGAGAGAGUGAGUCAUGAAUCUUCCCUCGUUGCUACUGCUGCUGCUGAAAAUUGAGCUCCUGCUGAUCUCCUCCUCCUGCUCUCCCGGCUUGACCCCUGCCGUUCACUCCCUUUCUCCUAGCCUUGGGGCUAGAGAGAAAACCGCUCCAAGGCAACUCCAGAGACAGCUCCGGGCUAUCAAGAUCAAAACGGAUCUUCGGACCUUUGUUGCGGGGAAGAGCCACAACCCAGAGCAGCAAAUCCGCAGAAUUCGCCGGUCCUUGGUAGAAAACUUCUUGGACGAUCUCUGGGAUCAUGUUAGGGAUUCCAUCCCACGAUCAGCUCUGUAUGCCAUUCCCAUCACUUCCGGGAUUAUGUUCCUUCUCUGCUGCUUCACUGUUCUUGUGGAUGACCCAACUCAGUGAAGAACCGCCAGAAGACUCCAGUUAUUCCUGAAUCCAACCUAAGGGGGAGGCAGAAAUUCCAGGUGCCGGAUAUCUAUCUUGGGAAUUCCUAAAAAUAGGAAAACUGCAGUGGGCUAACCUACUUAUGCUUAAAUCUCUUUUGGUUUUCAAAGAAUAAAAUCCUUGCC